AUGAGUUUUGAAAAUAAAGUCGUUAUAGUAACGGGCUCCAGCUCCGGUAUCGGUGCAUCUACAGCAAUCGAGUUUGCUAAAGAAGGUGCACAAGUGGUUUUAGUUGGAAGGAACGAAGCAAAACUUAAAAACGUUUUGGAACAGUGCGAGAAGGUUGGUAAGAAACCUCUCGUUGUCAAAGCCGAUGUGUCAAACGACGAUGAUGCUAGAAUAAUAAUAAAUAAAACCAUCGAACAUUUUGAGAAGCUAGAUGUACUUGUCAAUAAUGCUGGUACGGAUGAGGAACACGAUAUUCUGAAGGAUGAUUUUAUGGAAUCGCACGACCGUAUAAUGAACAUUAAUUUGAGAGCACCCGUGUAUAUAACACACUUAGCAAUACCUUACCUUAUUAAAUCAAAAGGAAAUAUUAUUAAUGUAGCCAGCGUAGUCGGAAUCGUUACUGGGGGAUUUGAAGAUUCAACUUCUUAUUGUAUUUCAAAAGCUGGAAUUAGCCAUUUCUCACGGAGUGUUGCUCUUAAAUUAGCACCGUAUGGUAUACGUGUCAAUAUUGUUAGCCCUGGGCCAGUGUACACUGAUAUUUUAAAUCAUUCCUCACAGAAAGAUGUUAUGUAUGAACAGUUCAAACUUGCAACAGCGCUUAAACGGGUGAGUGAGCCUAAGGAAAUUGCCGAUUUGAUACUUUUCUUAGCCAGUGACAAAGCCAAAGGCAUCACUGGUUCUAAUUUUGUUGCGGAUAACGGUAUAUUGGUAAAAUAA